AUGACAUCACACGCUGUGUUUGUCGGUGUUUGGUGCGAUAAUUACCACUUCUUCCCCUCGUUGCGACUUCACAUCAACUUUAUCGCCAACUCAACUCAACUUCCCCAAGGUCAUACCAUAUCCGAAAUCAUGGAUCCUCGCCCCUAUCACGUUCUGAGCUACGGCACCCUUCUAGGGACACAGUUCUUCCAGUCUUUUGUUGGAGGCUUCGUUGCUUUCCGCGCCCUUCCGCGGCCUCAGUUUGCUAAUCUUCAAACCGCCAUCUUCCCCAUAUAUUUCUCACUGCAAUCUGCGCUACCUGUAGUGGUCGCCUUGACCGCUUCCCACGGGGGACAGGUAUUGGGUCUGUCAGGUCUCGCUGCACCCGAGAACCGCCUUAACACUCUCUUGCCUCUGGCAACUGUGACAGUGACCGGGUUGGUGAACAUGUUCGUGUUGCGUCCCAUCACCACCAACGUGAUGCGCGAGCGCAAGCAUCAAGAAACUCGUGAUGGAAAGAGGAGCUACGACCCGGCGCCCCAUUCCAAGGAGAUGCUGGCUCUGAACAAGAAGUUCGGCCGCGUGCAUGGCAUCUCAAGUUUGGUCAAUUUGAUCAGCCUGGUCGCUACAGUCUGGUACGGUGCUGUUCUAAGCAAGAGACUUGAGUAA